CAGAUUUCCAGCACAGUCGAAGGACGAACGGCAAGCUCCGCGGCUCUACGGUUACAGCUGGUUGUUCAGCCUGGCAGUGGCGGUAAACGAUAAUAACGGGGAUAUAUUUAAUGUAGCAAGGCCGUCUGUGCCGCGAAGGAGCUUCAUGAGCGGGAGGCCAGCCGGAGGCAGAGGGAGACGCCGUCUGACUGUGUGAUCAACAACAUGGCUCUGCUUCAGCAUCCCCGGCUGCUGCUCGCCUGUGUAGGGCUGCUGCUGCUUCUCGCCUUUGGCAGCAUCGACGCUCGGUCUUCGCCUAUAUCGGACUUGAAAUCCAAAAUAUCCGGGGUGGAGGAGCUCUUGGAGGAAUUCCGCAAACAGCUCCAGCAGGACCAGACCUACAGGACAGGUGAAGUGAUGGACUCCUGCGUGGGCGACUUCAGUGCCGCGGGGGAUCGCAUCAUCCGGGCCAGGGACUCCAUCGAGCAGGGAGCCACCUUCCUGCUGGCCCCGGACAGGGUGUACACCUGGAAGGACUGUGUGCACGCCUGCUGCUCCCAGCCUCACUGCACCGUGGCGGUGCUUCACGAGGACCAGAGGCAACCCGGGGACAGUCUCCGUUGCUACCUGUUUAACUGCACCUACAGGAGUAAGAAAGUGUGCUCCUUCUCGGCUCAGAAAGGCUUCACAACAUACAGCCGGACUCCCAACACAACGCAGGGACACCUCCCUGUUUCAUCCAGCGACUCAGCCCGGAGGCCCGGAGAAGAAGCUCCUGAUGAGGAUGAUGCAGACGUGGAUGAGCCUCCUCGCAGUGACGCUGGACAGGAUGUGGUUAUCCAGCUGCCCACAGAUUGGGCUGUGCUGGAUGGCCGUGACAGCGUGGACGACCACGGCAUCAGCCGCUAUGAGUGGAGUCUGAUUAAAGGAGACACAGCCAUCAAUAUGAAGUCAACACAUCCAGGGUUGCUGAAGAUCAGUGGCCUCCAGGAAGGAGUCUACACGUUUCAGAUGACAGUCACUGACACGGCGGGACAGAAGAGCUCUGAUAACAUCUCUGUCACCGUACUGGCUCCAAAACACCGAGCAGAAGUGUGUACCGGUCACUGCUCAAACUACCAAUUUAAGUGUGAUGACGGUUGCUGUAUUGACAUCACCUAUGCCUGCGAUGGGAAGCAGCACUGUCCAGACCGCUCAGACGAAGACUUCUGCCCGAACUUUGAUGGCAGCCGAAAGUCAGUGACCCACGCUGUGGACCCGCCCAGCCCUCAGCGGCUUGUCGCUCAGACAAACAAAGCUGAAGACGUCUCCAUGCUCCCAUCUGGAGCAAGGAAGACCAUCACACCGCAAGACACAAGCAAGGCGGCUCCUUCUCAAAGUGCCAGUGAUCAGGGGGCUUCAAUCAGUCAAGACCCGUGUGCUGCUGCUCCAGUUGUGGGACCCUGUAAAGGCACCUUCCCACGGUGGUAUUACGACCAAAAUGCGGGACAGUGCAAACACUUCCUGUACGGAGGCUGCCAGGGAAACCAUAACAACUUCCUCCAGGAGUCGGACUGUGUCAGUGAAUGCAUACAAAAAAGUCCAGCUUUCAGACCUGCUAGUGUGGCUCCUCCAGUCACCAAGCAGACUGAGAUAGCUUCCCCUAAAGCCACCCAGAGCCAAGCAGUGAGUGACGCCCCCAUCUCCAAACCAUUUCCAGUCAUGGGAGGACACCCAGUCCCAGAGUCAGGUGCCAUCCUUCCUCUGGCACUUGGCCUAAUCAUCACAGCUCUGCUGCUGCUCAUGAUCAGCUGUCGUCUCAGGCUCGUCCGCCACAAACUGAAGAAAGCGCGUCCCCUCACUACAGAGGAGUCAGAUUACCUCAUUAAUGAAAGAUCCAAAGCUCUGCUGCCGUGAACGUUGCCGAACACCUCCACAGCGAUCCCCUCUGACUGACACCGUACAUCAGCUGCUGAUAGAUUCAGCGAACAUACUGAGAUGCUUGUGAAUUCAUACUUAUGUCCUAACAAAGUCACUGAUGGAGUAUCAGCGUUUCCCCUUAGGUCUGAUACAUAUACUAAAACAGACACUUGUCUCAUCUAUUACGACUGAUUCAUUAAACACUGGUUACUUUGAGACAAACAUUUUCAUUUUACUGCACAAAACAUGCGCUAUUUCUGCCUCUGUGCGACUUUAAUGUGCCAUUUGUGCUGUGCGUUUUAAUCACAUUAAAUUGCCGUACGGCAGACACAAAAAGCAUUGAGUGCCUGUUACAGUCCUAUAGGACCUGAUUUUUUUCAUAUACAUAAACACAUAUACACACUUUUACAAUGGUGGAUGUUCAUAUUAAAUAUAAUCAGAGUCUAAUCAUGUGGUCAGCAUAUGUGAGCGAGAAGGCUUCAGUUAAAUGCUCUGUUUCAGGCUCCGUUUCUUCCUCUUUGUUCUUUAUGAUGUCAGUGAGAGCAGAUAUACCAAAUUUGGUCAUGUCAGCCACACAUACAUUCAUGGGUCUGAGGACAGAAACCCCACCCACCUGCCUGUCAAACCUUCUGUUUAUGACCUGUAGCCAUUCAGAAAAACAUAGAGUGUACUUCAUUUGUCCCAAAAGGUCAGGCAGCCAAAAUAUUCAACACAGCCUGUAAUAAAAUAUUUGCAUAAACAGUCAAAUAAAGCAGUGUUUCUCAGACUGUAGAGCACAGAGUCACAGUAGGUGGGGUGUGAGUGAGUUGGGUAAAGUGUGAAGUUUAAUGAACAUUAUUUUUUUUAUGAAAAAUUAAACACUCGAGGCUUUGCCCAUGAGCUUUUCUGCUGACCUUUAGUCCCCUGAAAUUCAGCACUGUCUUUUUUUGUCGGUAGUAAUUGAUAAAAUUGUGGUUUGAGAAUCGCUGGCUUUAAAGGAGGGGACUCACAGAGGAUGAACCGGGGGGCUGCACAAAGCCAAGUAUGCCAAAUAAUAAUAAUAAGCAUUAUUUUGAAUUAUGAAUCAUAUAAAGCUACUCUCUCUUAGUCUAAAAUUUUAUAUUAUGGGGCUGGAAAUUAUAUGUGUCCUUUAAAGUUUGCCAGAAUCAUAUAAAACUAUAGCAAAGUCUUUUUGUGAAUUUCUAGUCCUGUAUGAUUUUGUUGCGUAUUUUUCUCUAAUAAGGCAACAUAAUUGGAGUGUAUACCAUAUAUCUACAUAUAUAUAUAUAUAUUUAUUUUGCCAAAUGUAUUCCCCCAAAGUGCUGUCUUUCAUGUAACAUAUU